AUGAAGCGGGCUAGCGAGCAAAUCCCUAGAUUGGACAGAACUGUGUCCAUGGGACUACCAGACUGGGGCGAGAUUAUGGAUAUGAGGAGCAGCAAGGAUCAUCUAUGGAUGGACGAAUCCGCUGCUGAGAUUGCCCUACGGUUGAUACGAGUGAAUACAAGGGCCGAACAGCAGGUUGGAGAACUGCCCUAUCAUAAGGCAGAGAAGGCAUUCGAGCAGAGUUAG